CAGCAGCAUUUGAAGAGUUGCACUACGGACACAGUCCGCCUACUGACCACCAGCAAUCACCUGGCAAUACGGAGUACAAAAAGUUCAACAACACCCAACACACUAGCCACAUACCCACUGUCAACCAUACAAGAUGCCGUCGACACACAAGAAAGAUAAGCCGUGGGACACGGACGACAUCGACAAGUGGAAGAUCGAGCCUUUCACCAAGGAACAGUCUUCCGGUCCUUUCCUCGAAGAGUCUUCGUUCAUGACCCUCUUUCCGAAGUACCGCGAGCGCUACCUCAAGGACGCAUGGCCACUCGUCACCAAAGCUCUCGAGAAGCACGGCAUUGCGGCAACGCUAGACCUCGUUGAGGGUUCUAUGACGGUCAAGACGACAAGAAAGACAUAUGACCCCGCGGCAAUCCUCAAUGCGCGAGACUUGAUCAAACUCCUGGCGCGAUCCGUACCGGCGCCCCAGGCUAUCAAGAUUCUGGAGGACGGGAUGGCUUGCGACAUCAUCAAGAUCCGAAACUUGGUGAGGAACAAGGAACGGUUUGUCAAGAGGCGGCAGCGGAUAUUGGGGCAGAACGGCACAACGUUGAAAGCGUUGGAGCUGCUCACGCAGACCUAUAUCCUCGUCCACGGAAACACCGUUUCGGUCAUGGGGCCGUACAAGGGUUUGAAGGAGGUUAGGAGGGUGGUUGAGGACACGAUGCGGAACAUCCACCCGAUUUACAUGAUUAAAGAGCUAAUGAUCAAGCGCGAACUGGCCAAAGACCCAGCGCUAGCGCACGAAGACUGGAGCCGAUACCUGCCCAACUUCAAGAAACGCACGCUCUCGAAGCGGCGGAAACCGUACAAGAUCACGGACAAGAGCAAAAAGCCGUACACUCCGUUCCCGCCGGCGCCCGAGAAGAGCAAGGUGGAUAUGCAGAUCGAGACGGGCGAGUAUUUCCUGAGCAAGGAGGCCAAGCAGAGAGCGGCGGAGGCGGAGCGGGCCGAGAAGGCCAAGCAAAAGAAGGAGGAGAAGAAGCGGGAGCGGGAGCGCGAGUAUGUGCCGCCGGAGGAGGACACGACGAAAUCGAAGAAGAGGAAGACGACGCACGACUGAAAGGGCGUGGAUUUUGGUGGAACUAGACGUGCAUAUGGUGGAGGAGGAGCAAGUCAAAUUGGUCUUAUCGGUCCUUGAAUCUCAUGAUACACAAGGCAGGCGAAGAUUUGACCAGACGCAAGGGCGAAUUGCCAUAGAUGGUUGUGUGGCCUUAGCGGCAGAGAUGCCGCUCCGGAGAUGAGCCGGGACGCCGGGCAGGUCCGAGUUGCAGCGGUGGAUUAUUAAUGGGUCUGCCGGCUCGGCUCUCCAUG